AAGGGAAGUAGAGACAAGUCAAAGACCUAGGGUUAGCCGGGUCAGUUUAUUUUCAAAGCUCAUCGUCUACAGACUAAAACAAUGAAAACUCAUGUCAACCUUGUUGUUGUCGGGCAUCUUGGAUCCGGAAAAUCGACUGUGCUAGGGCACUUGAUGUACAAAUGUGGAGCUAUUGACAAAAAAGACUUUGAUAAAAUUGAAUGGGAGGCCAUGAAGAAAGACAAACCGGAAUUGAAGUAUGCCUGGAUUUUGGACAAACUCCGUGAAGAGCGUGAAAGAGGAACAACCAUCGAUAUUGCUUGCGAUAAGCUGGAGACGCCUCAUCGCUUUGUGACCGUCAGUGAUGCACCCGGCCACAAGGACUUUAUCAAAAACUUGAUCACUGGGACUUCACAGGCUGAUUGCGCCCUCCUGGUAGUUUCCGCAGCAGUAAACGAAUAUGAAACUGGUAUUGCCCGCGAAGGGCAAACUAGGGAACAUGCGCUUCUUGCGCACACCAUGGGAGUUAGACAACUCAUUGUUGCCGUGAAUAAGAUGGAUCAGGUCAACUGGUCACAAGAGAGAUUCGAAAAAGUUCAAAAGGAAUUAAGCGAUAUGAUGGAGAAAAUUGGGUACAAGCCGGAAUCUGUUCCGUUUGUUCCUGUCUCUGGGUGGACCGGGGAUAAUCUAGUUGACCCCUCACCUAACUUGCCUUGGUUUUCCCGAUGGAAAAAGCAAACCAAAAGCGGUGCUGUUGAAGGCAAAACUCUUUUGGACGCCAUCGACACGAUCGAGCCCCCCAUACGUCCAAAAGAUAAACCCCUCCGUUUACCUAUCCAAGAUGUCUUCAAACUGAGCGACAUUGGCACAGUGGCUGUUGGAAAGGUGGAGACUGGUGUCCUUCACCCGGGCAAGAAGGUGUUGCUUACCCCCGGCGGCAUCACUACGAUCGUCAAGUCGAUUCAAAUGCACCACGAACCCCUAAACGAGGCUCUUCCGGGCGACAAUGUGGGGUUAAGCGUGGAUCUUUCUAUCAGAGACAUCCAUCGCGGCAUGGUUGUUUCUAAUCCGAAAGAUGAGCCGGCCAAAGAAGCUGCAUCUUUCAUAGCUCAAAUAAUCAUUCUCGAGCUUCCUGGGCGGAUCGAAGUAGGAUACACUCCCGUGAUCGACGUUCACACAUCGCACGUUGCAUGCAAGUUUGAUGAAUUGAUUGAAAAGGUUGAUAGACGAUCGGGGAGAACGAUUGCUGAGCAUCCAAAAUUUCUCCAAAUGGGUGAUGCGGCCAUUGUCAAAUUGAAGCCCACCAAGCCGUUGGUUGUGGAGGCAUAUGCGGACUAUCCGGCACUGGGGAGAUUUGCCAUGCGGGAUAUGAGGGUGACUAUAGCUGUUGGAAUCGUGAAAAGUGUGGAAAAGGUGAGCGGAGCAGACAUUCAGAGCAUAUGACGGAGAGCGGGCAAGCCAAAUGAAUGAACAAGAGCUGAGCGUAGCAAUCGUCUAUCUGUGAGGUGUACGUCGAUAGGAAAAUCUAGCAUGUGCGUGUAUGCGAGGCACGUUGGUG